UCCAGGAUUACUUUCGCCGGCCUCAAGAGACAUAGUGAAGAUGGAAUUGACUGGCACCUCUAGACUAAUUGUAGCGACGUCGAUCUACAAACGCGCCGUCGAGACGCUUAUGCAAGAUGGACCACUGGACUUAUCUAAACCCUUGAUGCAAGGAAGGACAUCCUUGUUAGACAGCGACGAACGUCGGUCUGUCUCCUCAGAGUCGUCCUUUUCGUCCUGCGGCACCACCUCGGAUGCCUCGCAGGGAUCCUACGCAGAUCCUUUGCUCAGAAUACACGACAACUUCAUCCAGCACGAGAACUUCGCAAAGUCGUACGAUACCGGUCUGCACCUGGAGGCGCCGACGCCUCCCCGUCGUGCGAGAGAAAGGGCUCUUUUACCUUGCCACGUCUGCGGCAAGAUAUUUGACAGACCUAGCCUUCUGAAACGCCAUAUGAGAACGCAUACAGGCGAAAAACCCCACAUAUGUGACGUAUGUGGCAAGGGCUUCUCAACCAGCUCGUCGCUAAACACCCAUCGCAGAAUCCACAGCGGAGAAAAGCCGCAUCAAUGCGCUUCGUGCGGAAAGCGGUUCACGGCCAGUUCCAAUCUAUACUACCACAAGAUGACGCAUAUCAAGGACAAACCCCACAAAUGUGAGGUCUGCGGGCGGUCUUUUCCAACGCCGGGUGACCUACGGUGCCACUCCUUCGUGCAUACUGGGCAGUGGCCUCACAGAUGCCCCGUAUGCGGCAAAGGCUUCAGUAAACUUACGAAUCUCAGGAACCACCUCUUGUUACAUUCAGACGUCAAAACGCAUGUCAACAACGCCACUCCAAACGCUCUGAGCCAGAGCGUUCUGUGAUAGGCAAGGAAACUUACUACUUUUUAUAAAUAUUUAUCAUCGUUGUCAUUGGUUUCAACUAAUGGAGAAUGAAAUAGUUGAAGAACUAAGACUUAAUGGAUUUUUAUUCCUGGAUGCAGUACGCCAAGUUCUUAUUGCUCAGUGCAAUGAGAUUAUUCCAGCAACGACUGACUUAGUGAUCAGAGGAGGCUCGUACGAGAAAGCGCACGUGCUGGCACAAGACCAGCAUAAUCAAACAGCAACAACAAAUUUGGUGGAUUUAUUGCGGCGACAUCGAAGUCUAGUGAAAUGAAGCGAA